AUGCCCUUUCUGGUAAUUUCAGCCACCGACGGGACUAUCCUACUCAACCUUAAACAGCAUUGGGUGAAUCUUUCAUGGACAGGGGCCUGGAACGAGAAUAAUUUGACAGCUUCAAUUCCUCAAGGACUGUUUCAAUUGAAGAACUUGACUAUUGUGAAGUAUUCACAAAUCAAUUGUCAGAACAAAUUGACGGGUUCAAUUCCUCAAAGACUGUUUCAAUUGAAGAACUUGAGUGUUGUGUGGUUAUUUAGAAAUCAAUUGUCGGGUGAAAUUCCAAUUGCAAUUGAGUCACCGAACUUAAUUGGAUUGGACUUGUCGGAGAACAAUUUAACAGGUGAAAUUCUAACUUCAAUUGAGUCACUGAAUUUGAACGAAUUGGACUUGUCAGAGAACAAUUUGACAGGUUCGAUACCAAUGGAUUUUUAG